AGAAAGCUGAUGCAGUGGUUCAAAGUCCCUUUCUACAGGAACCUUCACAAAGCCAGCAUGAUCUCCACACCUGGAGUCUGAACUCAAGUGAAGACCUUUGCUGAAGCUUUGGAGAUUGCCCAGCAGAAAGUUAACUUUUGUUUGUUGUGGGGACAAAGUCUCACUAUGUAAACCAGGUUGGCCUUGAACUCAGAAGAUCCACCUGUCUCUGCUUUCUGGAGUGCUAGUUUAAGUAUUUUGUUAUUAAUCCUUUAAGUUGACGAUCCGGCAAAAGGAUUGUAGAACUAGACAGACUCAAUUUUCAAACAAAACACUUGAAGGUGUGGCCAGGAGAUAAGGAUGGAAUUCUGGGACAGAUUCUUCUUUGUUAGCAUCUCUGGAAGAGUUCAGCAGGAUUAGGAGACACUAACAAGAAGCUGUGGCUCUUUCCUAACUGGUCAGUACCAUGAAGCAGCUUCAAGUCUUCAUUUUGGGGCUCAUACUGCUUCUCCCAGGUGCUGUGGAUUCUUAUACAGUAAUACAGGGGCUGGUAGGUCACCCUGUCACACUUCCGUGUACUUACUCGACACACCAUGAUGGAAGCGUACCGGCGUGCUGGGGCCGAGGGGAAUGCCGUCAUUCUUAUUGUAUAAGGCCGCUUAUCUGGACCAAUGGAAAUAAGGUCACAUAUCAGAGGAGCAAUCAAUACCAACUAAAGGGAAAUAUUUCAGAAGGAAAUGUAUCCUUGACGAUAGAGAACACUGUUGUGAGUGAUGGUGGUCCCUAUUGCUGUGUAGUGGAGAUACCUGGAGCGUUCUAUUUUGUGGAUUAUUUAUUGGAAGUUAAACCAGAAAUUCCCACAAGUCCUCCAACAAGACCCACAACUACAGGAAGACCCACAACUAUUUCAACAAGAUCCACACAUGAACCAACAUCAACCAGAAUCUCUACCUCUACUCCUUCAACACCAGCACACACACAGUCGCACAAACCAGAAGCCACUACAUUUCAUCUAGAUCAGACAACAGCUGAGGUGACAGAAACCUCAUCCUAUAUUCCUGCAGCUUGGAAUAACACUGUGCCAUCCUCAGAUGACUCUUGGAAUAAUAACACUGAAGCAAUCCUUCCACAGAAGCCUCAGAAAACCCUGACUAAGGGCUUCUAUGUCGGCAUCUCCAUCGCAGCCUUGCUGCUGCUGCUGCUUGUGAGCACUGUGGUUAUCACCAGGUUCAUAAUUAUGCAAAAGAAGUCGGGCUCUCUGAGCUUUGUUCCCUUCCCUGUCUCUAAGAUUGGUGCAUCCCCAAAAAAAGUGGUGGAGCAAGCCAGAGGUGAAGACAAGGUCUACAUUAUUGAAGACAGUCCUUAUCCUGAAGAAGAAUCCUAGUGAUCCCCUGAGGUGCCUUCUGCCUGAAAUUAAAGAGAUUGUCGUUGAUUUCACAGUCAAACACCCA